GUAAUAUUUUAUACAAGUUAAGUAUGGGAAGCUCAGAGUCUGUGUCAUAUCACCCCGAGCAAUUGCCAUCAUUCCGCUUGGGAACAGUCAGAAAGAGUAAGAAAUAGCAAUGCUAGGGCUUACAGUCUAUUUGCAUCAACCCCUGAUUAUGAUAUGAGUCAGAGGAACAAACCUAAAUUCAAAGAAGUGUUUUGCAUCAGGGAUAAUAUUUAUCAAGAAGAAACCAUGUGUGAGGGACAGAAGAUAUGUAGCCGGAAGAACGUCAAAACUUCUUGCCCAAAGUCAAUCGAGUUUAAAUGUAGCCUCGUCAUUGACCACGACUCAAUAAUUUCGGUGACCAAAGAAGAGCCUGAUCUGAAGCAGAAAUUCAUGGCUCUUAAAACCAUCGAUGAUCGUUCAGUAGAAGAAGAAAAGGAUAUACAUAAUGAAAAGGAGAUGAAAUUGGUGAUCACUUAUUCAAAUUUCAAAACAGUCACUCUUUAUUUCGAUGACUUCCAAGAGUAUUAUACAGCUGAAGGGGUCCUUGCAAGUGUAAAUGCCUCUGAUGAGAGGAACAUUGCUGUGUUAGUAAACCCUGUCUCUGGGAAAAGACAAGGUAUGCAACAUGUAAGGAGAAUCCUUGUCCCCAUGCUCUUAAGUGCAGAAAUAAGUUACGAGAUAUUUGAGACUGACUCUUCUACUUAUGUUGAAACUUGGGUUGAACAGUUUAAUAAUAAGCCCUUCCCUUACACAGAUAUUGUCUGUGUAGGAGGAGACGGGCUCUUUAGCCAGUUAAUCAAUUCUAUUGGUAAGAGUCCAAAAAGUGAAGAACUUUUCAAAAUUCACAUUGGUCUCCUCCCUUGUGGAACUCAAAAUGCAAUAGUCUGAGACCUUGGAGGAAGGAAAGUCUGGGAUGCAUGCAUUAAUAUUGUCAGAGGCCAUACAAUUCCUUCAGACAUUAUGAAGGUUAAGUUUGAAAAUCUUGAUACCCCAAUCUAUGCAACCUCACUCUUGUGGGGAAUCACAGGAGAUAUAGCAACUAGAGCAGAAAGAUGGAGAGGAGUUUUUAAAUCUGCUAAAUAUGCUAUUGCUGGAACUCUUACCUUUAUAUCCUCAUGUAAGCUACAGAAUUACAAAUGCGAGGUUGAGUACAAGACAAUUUUACCCUUGGAGAAAUUAGAAUCAUUAAAGAAUUAUUCAAAAGAAGAAGAGAAAUAUUUUGAAGAAGUUUUACCGCAAGAUACCAAUUCAGAAGCCAAUGAUUCGGAACUUGAUGCUUCUGGCGAAAAGGUAUGGGAACCGUUCAGCCUCUCAGAUUUUUGCUUCUUUGGAAUAGUCACUCAUGAAGCUAGGAGUUCUAAGAAAAAGAAUGAAGUCUUUAUGCCAGGAGCAAGAUUUGAUGACAAUAAGAUGUACAUAGGAAGUUUAGCAAAAUUGGGUAAAAUCAAACUUCUGAAAUUUCUGAGUAAAUUCUCUUCAGGAAACAUCCUAGAUUUUGAAAGAUUUAGUGGAACUGAGGUUACCGAAGUCAAAAUCAAUCCAAAGAAUGAUUGAUCUUUUAAUCUAGAUGGAGAACUUUUCCCUUCAGAUAAAGCGCAUGUCAGACUGCUGCCUUCCCAUUUAAAUUUGAUCGGCAAGAUCUAUGGAAUUGAAUAG